AUGGUGAGGAACGUGGAUGACUUUGACUUCUGCCUGUCUUCACACGCCCAGGGCGUGCUGGAGGGUCUGCAGCGGCUGCGUGCCAACCCCAAGCUGGCAGACCUGGCAGACGUGACGCUGGUGGCGGGCGGGCGGGAGUUCCCCUGCCACCGGAGCGUCCUGGCCCUCUGCAGCCACUACUUCCAUGCCAUGUUCUCCGGUGACUUUGCUGAGAGCAUCGCAGCACGGGUGGAGCUGAAGGAGGUGGACCCUGAUGUGCUGGAGAUGCUGCUCGACUUCGCCUACACAGGGAAAGUCACCAUCAACCAGGACAAUGUGGAGGGGCUGAUGCAGACCUCCAGCCAGCUCCACUUCCCCACUAUCCAGAAGGUCUGCAGCCGCUACCUCCGGCAGCAGAUGGAUGCCACCAACUGCCUAGGUAUCUGCGAGUUUGGUGAGAGCCAUGGCUGCCCCGAGGUGUCCUCCAAGGCCUGGUCUUUCUUGCAGGAGAACUUUGAAGCUGUUUCUCAGCAGGAGGAGUUCCUCCAGCUCUCUAAGGAGAGGUUGGCUGUCUACCUCUCCAAUGACCAGCUGCAGGUGCAGGAGGAACAGAGCCUGGCUGAGGCUGUGCUGCGCUGGGUACGCCAUGACCCAGGGCCCCGAGCCCAGUUCCUGCCUGAGCUGCUGGAGCUGGCCCACCUCGUCUCACUGCCUGACCAGUACCUGCAGAACCUGCUUGCCACCGAGCCCCUUGUCCGUGACUCAGAUGCUAGCAAGGCUCUUGUGGCUCGGUCCUGUGCCACGGGUCAGAGCAGUGCUGGUGCCUGGAAGAACCCCAAAAUCCCACCACCAAAGCUGGAGGAGGUGCUGGUGGUGGUUGGUGGCCGUAUGCUGGAGGAGAGCGAGGAUGAGGCGGGGGAGCUCGAGAUGCCGGCUACACCCAGGAACUUUGCCUUCUACAACCCCAAAAGCAGGCAAUGGAUGGCACUGCCCGACUUCCCUGAUUACAACAAAUGGGGCUUUUCCUUGGUGGCUCUGAACAAUGAUGUGUAUGUCACAGGUGGCUCCCGAGGAUCCCAAAAUGACACAUGGUCGACAACCCAGGCCUGGUGCUUCUGCCUCAAGGACGGGGCCUGGAAGCCCAUUGCUUCCAUGUUGAGAGCCCGGACAAACCACACCAGCGCCGUCCUCAAUGGCGAGGUCUAUGUUAUUGGGGGGACAACGGUGGAUGCCGUGGAGGUGGAGCGCUAUGACCCCUACAACAAGAGCUGGUGUGCCAUCAGCCCAGCCCCCAAGUACGUCAGCAAUUUUGCAGCUGCCAGCUGCUUGGGCAAGCUCUACCUGGUGGGCUCCUGCGCUGUCAAGUACAAUGCCCUCACCCUGCAGUGCUACAACCCUGUCCAAGAUUUGUGGAGUGUGAUCACAUCUCCCUUCAUCCCCAAGUACCUGUCAGCACCACGCUGUGCCACCCUGCGUGGGCUCAUCUACCUCAUUGGGGACAACACCAAGAAGGUCUACGUGUACAACCCAGAGGCCAACAUCUGGCAGAAGGUGCAGCUGCUCCACACACUCCAUGAGAACGGUGGGAUGGUGGCACUGGGCGACCGGCUCUUUGUCACAGGCGGCCACUGGAAGGGCAUGGAUGGGGACUACCGGGUGGAGAUGGAGGUGUAUGACUGCACCAAGGACCUCUGGACGCGGGAGGGCUCCCUGCCAUGCCUCUGGCUCUUCCACAGCUCCUCAUCCAUCUUCAUGGACACCUCCAAGUGGACAGAGGCUUUCCAAGGUGACCAUGGAUGGUAG